CGGUCACAUUGUCGCAAAAACAAAACAGCUGAAAAUGCACGCAAAUACAAAAUUAAUAACAUUAGUGGUACUGGGGAUAUGUGCGGCAACAGCGCACGGGGACAUUACUGGCAUGCUGGCUGCGCUCCAAUACUUUGACCUAUAUCUUAGCAUGAAUGGGACGACGACGCCAGCGACGGGCAGCUUGUCGCGCGGCCAAUGCGACUACAGCUUCCAGUCGUACGCGCUGAUGCGCGAUCGUCACACGUGUGUGCCGGACGACGAGCACAUUGCCCAUCUGUCGGAGGCGCCGCAACAGCGUCGCCCACCGAUAUUAUUGAAAUGCCUGCAACGCGAUCUGUCGCAAGCUGGCAACGAUAGUGAUGUACAUCCAAGCGUGCUAAUACCGAAAACAGCCAAGGAGAUUCUAACGCUGCUCAAACCCAUUGGGAAUGCCACCAAACGCCACGAAGCCGGAAGCUGUGUCGUCAUGUACUUCUGCACACCGUUCAGUUUGUCAUGUGCUCGGGUGGCAAAGCUUGUGAAUUUGUUGCCACAUAUGUUUCCCACGCUGCCCAUUGGCUACAUUGAUGCAUCACAAUUUACCCGAUUCAAUGCCGAGUUUGGCAUCAUUUCGCUGCCAACGCUGAUGAUCUUCCACCAGGGCAGACCGCUGAUCAAAUACGAUGGAGACGACAAUGUGGUGACAUUCAUUACGCGACACACGAAUAUUCGUCCGAUUGACUUUCAUCUUAUUCAACCGAAUUUUGCAAACGGCCCGGUGCCAACGGAGCCGGGUCACAAAACCGAUUUGUAUCUAUUCCUCUCCUGGGGAUUCAUCAUCGUCUGCCUGGGGAAUUAUGUGCGGCGCACUCUCUUCUGGAAGCAGCUGGUGGAAAUGGUGCAACGCAAUUGGCGCGAAUCCGAAGAGACCCAAAUGGAAAUGAUUGACUAAUUUUUCAUUUUGGUGUCAUUAGUAGGGGGCGGGGAGGGGUUAGUUCCAGUAAUAAAUAACAGACUAAAUAACUUGACUACGUGUUUGUAAUGUAUAUUUUCGUUUAAUUAAAUUCACAUUAACAUUUA